AUGGUUGCAUUGCUAUCAAUUUUUGCCGUAUGGUUGACAUUCUUUUCCAUUUGCUUUACAUUUUUGCCAAUGCUUCAAGUAUUAAAUUGGAGAAAACGUGGUACUGCUGAUGGCUUCUCAUCAGUUAAUCUCGUUUUACCUGUCCUGAUGAUGGCUUGUUGGCUACGACAUGGGUACAUGACGAAUGAUUUCACGAAUAUUUUUAUUAAUACUGUAAACUUGGUCGUCUUUGCUGGUUAUAUCCUCGCAUUUGCUUUUUAUCAGCCGUGUCGGCGUUAUUUAUGCCUGCAGCUUUUUGCACUAUUUUUCUCUCUUUUUUGUGUAUUUUCUUACGUGAGCUGGCAACCGGAUGAGAUAGCGACGGAUACGAUGGGCAGUAUUUCCGCUGCUAUGCAAAUUAUCAGCUUGGGUGGACAGAUCUAUGAAAUUGUAUGCUUGCUUUUUCUUGUAGAAUUUGUGGAAUUUCUUGUAGAAAAGCCUACAGUUGAAAGUUAUCUUAUCUUUGAGAAAAAGUUAGCAGAUCAAAGUUUCAAAAUUGAUGGAAAAAAUUCAACGAAACGAGCAAUAUUCUUUGGCCAUACGGAAUUUAUUCCGGCUGAACUGCAAUUUGGAAUUUUUUUUUUGGCAACGCAGUGGACUGUUUUUGGUAUUCUGAUUGAAAAUUACUACAUUGCUGUUGCUAACUUUGCUGGACUUGUCGUAAAUAUUGCAACAAUAUCAUUGUAUUUCAUCUAUCCGCCGCUCACCUGGAAAGUUCCAAUUAUUGGUACCGGACCGCAGCAGAAGAAAACGGAGUAA